AACAAUAUGAAUAGAAAAAAAGAAGCAACAAAUUCUGUAGCUAAAUUUCAGGACAUUGUUUUUUUAAUUCCUAAUUACUAUCAUUAUCUUCUGGCGCCUAAAAUCUUGCACUGCAGACCCGAAUUUUCGGCUCUAUAUUUCUGUCUGGAAAUGCGAAACAAACAAAAUGCCGAAAGUUGGAUUCUUUUGGACUUGUUUGGAGGCUGAGAAAAGAUUCUGAAGAUUUUUUUUUAUAAUGAACAGAUUAUGAAAAGAUGGAGCCUUUUCCUGAUAUUUAUCCUUUGACCAGCUUGCAAAUUGGGGAUAUCAGGUCCUAUCUGUCACAGGCUUUUGUAUAUUUUGCUCCCAUUAGCCAUAAGUUCCUUAUCCUGGUUGACAAUCAGUCAUGGUGGAAGAACAAUAAUUCGACCUCAAAGCAAUUUAGGGAGUUGAUGAUUACUAAGUACAGGGUAUCGCCUUUCAAAAACACUAGAGCUUUGCGGAAGAUUCCAAGUGUAAAACUCGAUACCACCAGCAAUGAAAGCAAAAAAAAAUCCAACUGGUUGCAUGUUUUUAACAUGGCUAGAGUCAGAGAAAGGGCUCCAUUCUCUAUGAUAAAUUUGUACAAAGCCUUACAUGGGUUUAUAGUAUUUGAAGUUGCUUGGAAAGAUGUAAGAGGCAUCAACUAUGUGAACGAACUUCAGACAGAUACAUCCCUUGCUUUAGAAGUGAAAUCUGUGAAAAAAUGGGAAUUCAAUGGCAUUGAUCAAGCAUUGAGCUGUAUUUCAUUAUGGUUCUCAGGCACUCCAUCUGAAACCGAAACGUUGCGGAGCAAUCUAGUCCUUUUACAUGGCAAGGUCCCCUCUCAUUCUUCUUGGGGAAUCACAGUUGCUUCUAAAGAACUGCUGUUUAAUGCAUCUCAGGCUGAGCUAUUUUCAGAAGAUGUCUUCUUUGAUGUUAGGGAAUGUCCCCCUGACACAAACGAUUAUGAGUAUGAAACAGAUAGCCUGGUUGAAGAGGUGGUGCAUGGGAAGAGCGAAGAAUUAUGGGAAGAUGAUAACUCUGACUCUGAGCCUAUGGCAUACAAGGAUACUCUUCUACUAUUAAACUUCAAUAAUAGAGAUCUUCCAUCUAAACUAGCCCAAAUAAUCACCUCUGAUCUGAAGCUUCUUCCUUUGCUCGAGGCAGGCCUUCCUUCUUGGGUUAUCUUUCUUCAAUCCUAUCCAUUGUUUAAAAGAGUAUAUCGUUACUGGAUGCGGCCUCUAGUAAGGAUCCUUUAUGCAAUAAUCUCAUGCAUAACUGUAAUUAUUGGGUUUUAUGAUCUCUAUAAGAAUGUUCCUCUCCUGAAGGCGGCUGCAUCACACCUUCCUUGGCCAUUCCGUAAUUGGAUUGAAGCAUGGGAUAUGGUUUCAAGAAUUAAAUAUCUGGGAACAAUGUUGUUCCUACAGAAUUUGCAAAAACCUGUCAAGUGGUUUCUGAGCAAGACGAAACUGAUGAAGCUGCUAGUUUCGAUGCUCACAAGGUCCUACAUUUAUCUAUUCCAAGGGCUGAUGGAAAUUUUGACACCAAUGUGGAGCGCUUUUGCAGAAAUAGGCGAGCAAAUCUGCAUGAUUGCAAGGGUUGUCGUGCAGCCCUUUUGGAGCAUAUUAUUGGAGUUUGCUGAUGUUUUAUUCUCACCAUUGGAGCUAUUAUAUUCGUUUCUAUUAAACUUAGUCACUCCUAUCUUUUUCUUGUUCAAUAUCAUAUGGGAAUUGCUUCUUUAUCCUUCUCAAGGAUGUCUUCACCUGGCGAAAUUUGUGGCUUCUGUAAUAUUUAACAUCUAUUUGAUGCUUAAAAGAACCUUCAUGAUAUUCUCCAAUGGCAGGAGUAUGGUUACAAGUUUUGCUCGAGCAAAGCCUAGCUCAUCUGAUAUCUCAUUUUGGCAUUCUUUGUGGAGUGAUCUAUUCAAAAAGGUCUUCCGGUCUCUUAAAAAUAUUAUAUGUGGUAUUGUCACAUUCCUUGCUUCCUGCAACAGGCAUAGGCUAAGCAUCUACAACCACAUUAAAGAAAUCCUUGGUCGUCCUCGUUACCUCGUUCGAAAAUCUACGGACCCUCAAUCUUCCUGUCGCCCAGUGCCGCAAUCAGAAAGCAAUCAUAAGGUAGCUGCAGCCUGCAGUUGCUCAAUUUUCUCGUGUCUUAUUAUUUUUGUAGCAAUGUGUUGGUUCUCAUGGGGAUAUAGGAAGAAUUAAAUUUUGUUAUGAUUCAAAGGAACGAGCCUGAAAUGUUAUGGUUGUUGAACUAACUUGUACAUUACUGAAACACAAAAUUCAUCAAUAUUUGCAAGUGAGUAAUAUUACUUAUUCUUUUUCCUUUAAA